UCAGGUAUCUGCCCUUUUGGAAGAGAGCAGGAAAUGAUGAAGUCCCAGGGGUUAGUAUCAUUCAAGGAUGUGGCUGUGGAUUUCACCCAGGAGGAGUGGCAGCAACUGGACCCUGCUCAGAGGACCCUGUACAGGGAUGUGAUGAUGGAGAACUACAGCCACCUGGUCUCAAUGGGGUAUCCAUCCAAACCAGAUGUCAUCUCCAAGUUGGAACAAGGAGAAGAGCCAUGGAUCAAAAAGAGAGAUAUAUCAAACUGGAUCUAUCCUGAAGACAAUCAUGCAAAUGGGAGAGAAGGGAAGAAGAAUAACCUUCACAAUUCCAAAUCAUGUAUUUGGGGGACUGUUUCCUUCCAUAAUAAGAUACCGAAAGGAGUCACAAAGGAUGAUUCAUUGUACUCCAUUUUAAAAAUCUGUCAAGGUGAUGACCAGCUGCAGAGAUGUCAGGAAAAUCAAAACAAACUCUUCAGGCAAGUCACAUUCAUCAGUAGCAAAACAGUGACUGAGGUGUCCAGUCAUAAGUAUAGUGCACUGGGAAACAUAUUUCAAGAGUGCAUAGAAUCAGAUACAUCAAGACAAAGACUCCAUAAAUAUGAUGCAUUUACAAAGAACUUAAAACUGAAUAUUGACCUACCUAAUUGUACUAAGAGCAAUUCACAAAAAAAUCUUGAUGGAAAUUUUGGACAUGGAAAGUCAUCUAGCCAGAGUGUGUCCAAUUAUAAUCUUGAAAAAAUUCACAAUGGAAUAAUACCCUGUGGUGAUAAUCAGUGUGCAAAUAUUUUCAGAAAUAAGCAAUCCCUUAUUCAAUAUCAGAAUGUUGAAAUGAGAGAGAAAACCUGUGUAUGUAUUACCUGUGGAAAAGCCUUUGCUAAGAAGUCACAACUCAUUGUACAUCAAAGAAUUCAUUCUGGAAAGAAACCAUAUGAUUGCAGUGCAUGUGGGAAAGCUUUCAGUGAGAAAUUUCAUCUCAUUGUACAUCAGAGAACUCAUACUGGGGAGAAACCUUAUGAAUGUUCUGAAUGUGGAAAAGCCUUCUCUCAGAAGUCAUCCCUCAUUAUACAUCAGAGAGUUCACACUGGGGAAAAGCCAUAUGAAUGUAGUGAAUGUGGAAAAGCCUUCUCCCAGAAAUCACCCCUCAUUAUACAUCAGAGAAUUCACACUGGAGAGAAACCCUAUGGAUGCAGGGAGUGUGGGAAGGCCUUCUCCCAGAAGUCACAGCUUAUUAUACAUCAUAGAGCUCAUACUGGAGAGAAGCCAUAUGAGUGUACUGAAUGUGGGAAAGCCUUCUGUGAGAAGUCCCACCUCAUUAUACAUAAAAGAAUUCACACUGGUGAGAAACCCUACAAAUGUGCUCAAUGUGUGGAAGCCUUCAGCAGAAAGACAGAACUCAUUACACAUCAGUUAAUUCAUACUGGGGAGAAACCCUAUGAAUGUACUGAAUGUGGGAAGACAUUCUCCCGGAAGUCACAGCUCAUCAUACACCAGAGAACACACACUGGAGAGAAACCCUAUAAAUGUAGUGAAUGUGGCAAAGCUUUCUGUCAGAAAUCACAUCUCAUUGGACAUCAGAGAAUUCACACAGGUGAAAAACCUUAUAUAUGUACUGAAUGUGGGAAAGCCUUCUCUCAGAAGUCUCACCUUCCAGGACAUAGGCGAAUCCAUACAGGAGAGAAACCUUACAUGUGUGCUGAGUGUGGAAAGGCCUUUUCCCAGAAGUCAGACCUUGUUUUACAUCAGAGAAUUCAUAGUGGGGAAAGACCCUAUCAAUGUGCUGUAUGUGGGAAAGCCUUCAUCCAGAAGUCACAACUGACUGUACACCAGAGAAUACAUAUAGUGGUAAAAUCAUGA